CCCUCAUCCCAGAGGAGCGUGGAAAGAGUUAAGGAGAGAGAGCGCCCUACCCCCACCCCCUGUGGCCCUGACAUCACGAGGCGGCCUUGCGAUUGGCCUGGAGAACCCAUGACGCGGUCCACGGGGGGCUCAAGACUUGAAAAGACUAGAUCUGAGGUGGGGAGAAGGGGAAGCUUGAGGCGAGGAUAAGGAAGGGGGAGGGGCGGACGAGUCUGGAAAGGCGCACUAGCUUCCAUCCACCCGCACGCGCUCGGAACGUUGGGCACCCUCCCCUCUGUAGCAAUUCACACGCACGACACGCGCAGACACGCGCAACGGCUCGGGCCUUUGGGCGCGUGGCCCGACCCGCUCUCUGGAUCAGUCUGCGUCUGGUCUGUCGGGCCCGCGUCCUCCCUCUGGUGUCCCGUCCAGUCCUGUCUGGUCCGGUUCUGCCCACCCCGCCCGCCCGGGGCCGAAGUGCCGCGGGGCCAUGGCGGGAGCCGCUCGCCUGGGGACCCGACAGCUCCUCUAAGAUGGCCUUGGGGGAGUCCAUGCUGGCCAGCCUCCUCCCCAUCCUGAGCCUCCUGCUGCUCAGGGGCCAGGGCUGCCCCACUGCCUGUCGCUGCUACAGCAUGACCGUGGAGUGCGGUUCGCUGAGCCUACAACACGUUCCGCCUGGGAUUCCAUCCAUCACUCAGACAGUGUUCCUGCAGGAUAACAGCAUUACCCAGAUCCACCAGGCAGACCUGGCCCCACUCUCAGGCCUGCAGUACCUCUACAUGCAGAACAACAGCCUGUGGGCCUUAGAGCCGGGCGCCUUCCUUGGCCAACAGCAACUUCUGGAGUUAGCCCUCAACCGGAACCGCAUUCACCUGCUCAACAGCAGCAUCUUCAAGGGCCUGGACCACCUGCGGGUGCUCUACCUGGCAGGGAAUCAGAUCACACGGCUCCUUGACUUCACUUUCUGCUAUCUGCCGAGGCUGCAGGAGCUGCAUCUGCAGGAAAACAGUAUUGAGCUGCUGGAAGACCAAGCCCUGGCCGGCCUCUCCUCCCUGGCUCUGCUUGACCUCAGCAAGAACCAGCUGAGUACCAUCAGUCGAGAUGCCCUGGUCCCCCUGGCCAGCCUGCAAGUCCUGCGCCUCACAGAGAAUCCCUGGCGCUGCGACUGCGCUCUGCACUGGCUUGGGGCCUGGAUCAAGGAAGGAGGGCAGAGGCUCCUGAGCUCCCUGGACAAGAAGAUCGUGUGUUCCGAGCCCCCACGUCUGGCCCACCAGAGCCUCCUGGACAUCUCGGGCAACAGCCUCAUCUGCAUCCCCCCUACAGUGCAUGUGGAGCCAGUGGAGGCCACUGCCCGGCUCGGGGACGACCUGCGGGUCUCCUGCCAGGCCUCCGGCUACCCCCAGCCUCUGGUCACUUGGAGGAAGGUGGCCCAGUCCCGCCUGGGACUGCCUAGAGCCAGCGUGCGCUCGGUGGGCGGGCCCCUGGGGGGGAGCGAGGGAAGCUUAGGGGAGCACCUGGCCUCCGACACAGGCAGCGGGAUGCUCUCCCUCACCAACAUCACCAUGGCCCACGCUGGAAAAUAUGAGUGCGAAGCCAGCAACCCCGGGGGCAGCACUCGGGUGCCCUUUCUACUGCUGGUGAACCUGUCCCAGCAGCAGCCGCCUCGGGCCCCGCCCCCCGCCUCGGGAGCCGUCAGCCGGGAGCCCCUGUACGAGGCGGGCAGCAUGGACUUCCGCGCGCUGGGCGCGGCCACGCAGACGGCCAUAGCCGCCGGUAUCUCCCUGCUGGCCCUCACGGCCCUGCUGCUGACCGUCAUGAUCUGCAGGAAGCACCGAAAGAGGAAAAAAGCCAAACAGGAGGAGAGCGUCCUCUACGUCAAUGACUACUCGGACGGGCCCACGACCUUUGCCCAGCUGGAAGAAUACCGGGACGAGCGGGGCCACGAGAUGUUCGUCAUCAACCGAAACAAGCCCCUCUUCCCCACCUAUGAGGAAAGCGGGGAAGGACCGCCCACCGGCCGCCCAGGCCUGGUCCCUAGCUCCGAGCCCCUCCAAGACCAGGGCCUCUUGUUCCAGCCACAGAUUGCCUAUGAAAUCCACUGCUGAGGACCUGGGCCGGACCAGGGGGUGGGGAGGAUGGGGAGGACACCAGACAAGGGGGGGCAGGGGAGCGUGCAGAGACCCGAUAGGGAGACUAUAUCGAGAACACACGGGGUGUGCAGAAAAGGGGGCACUCGGUCCGAGUGGGCACAAACCAGAAGGGGCCUGCAGAGAUCGUGGGAAACCUGGGCUGGGCAGGCACGGGAGAAGGGCUGUAUAGUCCCUGGACCUAGCGGGUGACUGGGUGUAGUUGGGGAGGGGAGCCGCAGCAGCUAAUUGUGGUUUAUGAUAAACUUCCUACCCUCCCCCCUUCCUCCCCCCCUCCAAGCUUCAGUCAUGCACAGUAGGGCAGUACUAGAGGUUUUCAGUAGAAUUCUAGGUUGAUAGGCGCGGUCCCUCGGAGGGGAAGCAGCCCCCAAGUUCCUCACAUGACUAGAAGGCGCUCUAAAGUCUCCACCAUCUCUAAAGGAGUGAGAGUUAUCUAGCACCUACUAUG